AUGCGGCCCGGCUCAAAAACGGCAACCCUAUUCCCGGUCUUCCUUUUUAAUUUUGACUUGGGUAAAUUAAAGGAACUAGAGGGGAGGAAUAAAAGGCUUAAACGACACUAUAACCAAAAUUUUUUAAAGUCUCCUUCGAUCGGUUUUAUGAAUAAAAUUUAUCACCCAAAUAUUGAUGAAGCUUCUGGUACUGUUUGUUUGGAUGUGAUAAAUCAGAGUUGGACAGCUUUAUAUGAUUUAUCCAAUAUUUUUGAAUCUUUUUUACCUCAAUUACUCACUUAUCCAAAUCCAACUGACCCAUUAAAUGGAGAAGCAGCAUCAUUAUAUUUACACAAACCUGAAGAAUUUAAAAUAAAAUGUGGGGAAUAUGUUCGCAAAUAUGCAACAGAAGAAGUUUUGGAAGCAUUAGAUAGACGAACAGCCAGUGGUGGAAUGGAUGACACUGAAUGCGACGAUAAUGAUGAGUCGGACUCUACAAUUUCUGAUUUUUAUGAAGGUUUUUUUUAUUUUUAUGUUUGGGGAAAUUUUAGGGGAGGAGAAGGGGGAGGGGGUGUUUUAGACGAAAUUAAAGCGUUGAUUCUGCUAACAUUUUUUGAGAUUUUUUAAAGUAUAAAUUAAUUCAGACAAUAUUAAAUCAUAUUUUGAGUUGAUCGUUUUAUGUAUGGUUGGACCUCCGUCUAGCCCCGACCAUGACAUUUGUGACCUGACAAAGCCCAAGUCCGA